GGAAACACUGAGCAACUCGGUUUGUAUCCGUCAUUUUCUCGUCGAUACAGCUCGUCGCUUCGGCAGAUAGUUUCAGUAAACGGCUCGCAAAGUUAUGCGCCGAAACUACUUUGCACGACUGGGCCUUGCUUAGGCUGAGGCCACUUUCCAUCAAAACUCUCGCUCCAGCAAGUUUGAGAGCGAAAUACGUCCUAGGUUACAGGUGCAAACACACCAAACUCAUUCUGAACGGGACCGGAGCAGGUUGGAGCGGCUGAAAUGCGGACGUAAGGCUCAAGCAACUGUCUCAUCUGGGCGGCGUAAAUGCUGGGCGCCAGCGGUCGAUAUGUGGUGCCUGCCGAGCGAAGACUGGCGCAACGAGAUGCGCCAGCUCCAGCCUUGCGGAUCGCCCCGUUGAUGCUCCUCUGCGUAUUGUUCGCGGGCGCCAGCGCUUCCGCGACAGCGCAGACAUGCAAGCCUCUGGAAUCGGACCUACCUUGGCCAGAGCAGCUCCGGAUACGUGAGCAGGAGUUCGAGCAGGAGCAGUGCUUAUGCGGUGUGCCCGCCUACGCACACUUUUACUCGCGCGCGUUCGGCCGAGGUUCCUGCCACCAACGCAACAGCGCCGGUGACGCCGCGUCAUCGCGCUUGGUGGAAUAUAGCAGCGUCUCGCAAGCGCGGAGGGCCAGCGAGCAGCUAGCAGCGGGGCAGCAGGCGGGCGGCAGCAGCACGGUUGCGGGGGCGCGCAGCGCCGGCGGCGGGGUUGCCGGCAGCGGCCCCAACCAUAGAUCUAGCACGGGCAGCGGCGGCGGCGCAGCCGCCAGCGGCAGCUGCGAGGCCGCUAGCGACGGCGGCGGCGCUGGCGUGACCGGCAGCGCGGUGCCAGGCCCGGAAACCGCCGGGCAGGCGCGGACCAGGGACUACGUGGCAGCAGCGGCCGACAGCGGCUCCGCACCAAGCCCAGACUCGGAACCCACGCCCCAGCCCCAGCCCCAGCCCCAGAGGUUGUCGGGGACCCAGUCUCGGGAUCCAGGGCCACAAUCGGAGCCAGAGACACAGACACAGACACAGACGGAGGCGGACGCGGAGCCCCUGCCGGAGCCUGAGCGCUACAUCGUGCGGUUCGACCACUACGCCCCCGCCGCCAGCCUGAGGGCCGCGCUGGCGGAGGCGCUGGGGCCGGAGGCGGUGGCGGCGCCGCCGCCACCGCCGUCGGCGUCCUCCUCCUCACCCGCCAGCGCCGGCGGUGGCGCCGCCGCCGCCGCGGACGGCGAAGCAAGCGGCAGCGCCAGCACCCGCAGCGUUGGAGCCGGCGGCGUAGCCGGCGCCGGCGGAGGCGGAGGCGGAGCCGGAAGCGGCGGCGGUGGCGGCAUCUGGACGUGGGUGCCCCGUGACAACGCCGCCGCCGCCUAUCCAACCGACUUUGCGCUGGUGGCGGCGGCGGCGCCCGGCGGCGAGGCCGAGCUGCUGCAGCGCCUGAACGCCCUGGCGGCGGCGGCGGCGGCGGCGGCUGACGGCGGCGGCGGCGCCGCUAGCGCCCACGCGUCUUUCUCGUACGCCUCCCAUGCGUCCGCGCCGGCGGCCCGCGCCAGUGCCGGCGCCGGCGGCGGCAGUAGCGGCGGUGGCAGUAGCGGCAGUAGCUCGGGCCGGCUGCGGCUGGGCAUCCGGGACGUGCACCCGGACAAGCGCUACAGCGGCGCACUCAAGUGGCUGCCGGAGGAGCACGUGCUGCGCGGCGCACGUGGUGGUGCGGGUGGCGGUGGCGGGCGGAAGGGGAAAGCCGGCGGCGGCAGUAGCAGCACCGGCGGCGGCAGUAGCAGCAGUAGCAGCGACAGCAGCAGCGGCAGCAGGGGCGGCCGGCGGCGGCGGCUGCUGGGCCGCGACCGGGAAGCCGAGUUUGUUGCGCCAGGCGUGCAUCCGGAUCCAAAUCUGGAACUGGACCUGGAUCUGGAUCUAGAUGAGGCCGUGUUCUCCGUGUCGCGUCGGCCGGGCCGCAUGGUGACGCGCUUCUCGGAGGAGGGCCUAGCCGGCGAGCUGGAUCCAGAAUCCGAGCUGGAACUGGAUUCGCACCAGGCCUGGCGCCACGUGCCUGGAUCCAUACCGGAUCACGAUGGCCACGUGGCGGCGGAGGCGGCGGCGGAGGAGGCGGCGGAGGGGGAGGGGGGGCUGACGGGUUCCCGGCGCCGCAUGGCGUCGGCGGGCGGCGGCAGGGUGCGGGGCGGUGGGCAUGCGGAGGCGGAGCCGGACCUAUCAGCGGCGGCGCUCUCACCGGAGGCGCGGCGGCGGCGGCGCGCGCACGCCCAGAGCCAGGGCCAGAGCUACAGCCGCGGCCAAGGCGGGGGCCACGGCCAGCAACAGCAGCGGCUGCACACGCGCGGUGUUGACGUCAGUGGCAGCAGCGGCGGCAGCGUAGAGGCGGCGGCUGCGGUAGGGGCGGAUGAGGGGCGGCUGUUUGAGGAGCUGGGGUCUGAAGAUCCCGCGCCGCUGCUGCAGCGCGCACUGGGCCGGCUCGGCGGUGGCGGCGGCGGCGGCGCCGCCGCCGCCGCCAGCAACACGCAAGAUGCCGAUCAUGCGGAUCUGCAGUCAGAGGGCCUGGAGCAGCAGCAGGAGCAGCAGCUGUCACGUGAGCAGCAGGAGGAGGCGCAGGCGCGGAUCGAUUUGGAUCUAGAUGGGCUGCACCGCACCGGAUCCAGGGCCAGCGACGGCGCCGCCGCCGCUGACGGCUUCGCCGGCACUGCUGCCCGGGGGCAGCGGCGGCGGCUGAACCUUGCGGGCGGCGGCACGGUGCCUGUGAUGCUCGAGGCGGACAAGCUGUGGAAGCUGGGCUACACGGGGCGCGGCGUGCGGGUGGGCAUAUUCGACACCGGCAUCCGACCCGACCACCCGCACAUCCGCCACAUCCGCGAGCGCACCAACUGGACGCACCAGCAGUCGCUCAGUGACGGGCUGGGGCACGGCACCUUCGUGGCGGGGGUGGUGGGCGGCCAGGACGGCGCCUGCCCGGGCUUUGCGCCCGACGUGGAGAUGCUCACGUUCAAGGUGUUCACGGACGACCAGGUGUCGUACACCAGCUGGUUCCUGGACGCCUUCAACUACGCCAUCGUGGUCAAGGUCAAUGUGAUCAACUUGUCCAUUGGCGGACCCGACUACCUGGACCAGCCCUUUGUGGACAAGGUUUUGGAGAUCACCUCCAACGGCGUCCUCCUGGUGUCGGCCAUCGGCAACGACGGGCCGUUGUACGGCACACUCAACAAUCCCGCCGACCAGAACGACGUCAUCGGCGUGGGCGGCAUCGACAACUGGGACAACAUUGCCAGCUUCAGCAGCAGGGGCAUGAGCACGUGGGAGCUGCCGCGCGGCUACGGCCGAGUCAAGCCCGACGUCAUGGCAUACGCCAAGGAUGUGCAGGGCUCCAAGAUCACAGGCGGCUGCCGCUCGCUGUCUGGCACCAGCGUGGCCUCCCCUGUGGUUGCGGGCGCCGUGUCGCUGCUGGCUUCCACCGUGCUGCCCGACAAGCCCGGGGCAGGCGAGGACGGCCGCUGGGCGCUGCUGAACCCCGGCAGCAUGAAGCAGGCGCUGGUGGAGGGCGCUGUGCGGCUGCCCAACCUCAACAUCUACGAGCAGGGCAGCGGCCGCAUCAACCUGCCCAACUCCAUGGCCAUCCUGCAGUCGUACACCCCCCGUGCCUCCGUCAUCCCGUCCCGCCUGGACCUCACCGACUGCCCGUACAUGUGGCCCUUCUGCCGUCAACACCUGUACGCGGGCGCGCUGCCAGUGAUCUUCAACGCCACGCUGCUCAACGGGCAGGGGGUGGUGGGGCGUCUGGAGGGGCCGCCGGUGUGGCUGCCGGCGGACGCGGGCGGGCGACACCUGCACAUCGACUUCGAGUGGAGCGACACGCUGUGGCCCUGGUCCGGAUACCUGGCGCUGUACAUCCGGGUGAAGGCCAGCGGGAAGGACUUCGAGGGCCCGGCGGCGGGCGCGGUGGAGUGCGUGGUUGUGUCGCCGCCAGCGCCAGGGGAGGACACGCCGCGCAGGUCGGUUGUGCGGCUGCCGGUGCGGGCCAAGGUGGCUCCGCCGCCGCCGCGCGCCCGGCGGCUUCUGUGGGACCAGUUCCACAGCCUCAAAUAUCCGCCCGCCUACCUGCCAAGAGAUAAUUUGGAUGUCAAGUCGGAUAUUUUGGACUGGCACGGCGACCACCCGCACACCAACUUCCACGGCAUGUUCAACACACUGCGGGACAAGGGCUACUACCUCGAGAUCCUUGGCUCCCCCGCCACCUGCUUCGACCCCACCCAGUACGGCGCGUACCUCAUCGUGGAUCCAGAGGAGGAGUGGUACGCUGCGGAGGUGUCGGCGCUGGAGGCGGCGGUGGCGGGCGCGGGGCUGAGCCUGCUGGUGUUCGCGGACUGGUACAACGUGCCCUCCAUGGACGCGAUGCGCUUCUUCGACGACAACACACGCAGCUGGUGGACUCCCGCCACGGGCGGCUCCCACGUGCCCGGCCUCAACGACCUGCUGGCGCCGUACGGACUGGCGUACGGCGACGCCGUACUGCACGGCAGCGCCACCGUGGCGGGCAAUCGCGUGAUCCUGGCACACGGGGCUGACGUGGCCAAAGUGCCUCAGGGCGGCUGGCUGCACAAGGCUACCUUGCACAACGCCGCGCGCAAGGGCUCGCCGCAGGAAACGCACGGCUACCUCGCGGCCGUCCAGCACAACGGCAGCAACGGCAGCAACGGCGGCAACGGCAGCAACGGCGGCGGCGGUUACGUGGUGGUUUUUUCGGAUUCCAACUGCCUGGAUCGCAGCCACAUGAGCGCCAACUGCUACGACAUGCUGCUGAGGCUGCUGGCGCGGGUUCUGGAUCCGGCCGGCAGCGCGGCGGCGCAGGGGGUGCUGGAGGAGUCGACGCGGCUGUCGGAGGCCUACGUCACCACCACCUACAACUUCACGCCGCCCGCCCGCCGCCCCGCCUCGGUCUACAACUUCACCGAGGUGUCGUACGUGCUGAGUCACCCCGUGGUGGAUCCGGAUCCGAAUCCGAAUCCAGGGGCUGGAUCCGGACCUGGAUCUGGAGGCGGAGGCGUGCCGGUGUGCUUCCCCAACGCCGCCUGUGACAAGAUGCCCUCGAGUUAUAAGCCCUGCCAGGUGUUCCUGGGCAGGGUCAGUGAGGAGCAGCCCAAGAGCUACAGCGGACUGGAUCCAGCAGCAGACAACCCGCCGCGAUCCGCUGGAUCCAAGGGCGGCGCUGCUGGAUCCAAGGGCGACGCUGGCGGAUCCAAGGGCGGCGCCGGCGGCGGUGCCGGCAAGGGUACCGUGCCGUCCACUGGCGGCGCCAACCCCAGCAUGACGGCGAUGCCGGGUAGUGGUGGUGGUGGUGAUGGAGUUGGGAAGCCGCAGGUGCUUGUGGUGCAUCCGGACGGCAGCGCGCCGCCUGUGGCGGUGUUGCAGUUUUGGCCGUUGGGGAAGCUGCCGCUUUUGCUGAUCGGGUUUGUGAUCGGCGGCGGGUUGUUGGCGGGGCUGUGGGCGUCGCGCGGCGGGUUUGGAUUCGGCGGUACGGCGCGUGGUGGCGGCGGCGCGGCGGGCGGCGGCGGCGGCGGCAGUGGCGGCGACGGCUCAGCGGCGGCGGUGCCAGCGCGGCGCGGCGGGUGGGGCUCGGUUCGGCAGCGCGGCAGCGAGGUGUAGGAGUUAGGCAUGGCAAUAGUAUCGCAGUAAUACCGUGGAAUGGAACGGCAAUUUGCUAGCUUGGAGUUAGAACGCGCCACCUGAUGCUCAUGCUCAAAAAGCUGAAGGCAAGGGCAUGUGAUGCAUGUGUGACGCACACCGUACGGGAUACACCGCACUUGCAUGCGUGCGCUUGCGGUGCCUGGAGGUGCUAUGCCCGGGUUGGCUUUGUGCGUGUUGGGACGAGAGUCACGGGACGUACCAACGGUUUGGGAAGGACGAACGCACACACGCACAAGGCGGCGUAGCGUGUCAACACAAGCAGCCCGGGCGUCGCGCUGAAGUCUUCUUCACUCAGGGCCGCCCUGUCUCCAUUGCUCCCCGCACCGCCGCCUCGCCAACUCUCCAUGACUUUGUAGGACACAAAAGAGAGAGGCAGAGGAAAUGCGGUAGGGAUGCUCGCGGUACGGUCCCGCUCGUGCGCAGUGUGCAGUGUUGUGUGUGUUUAUUGGGUGUGGGUGGGUGUAGGUGAUGUGGGUUCGGAGCGAUGGCGGCUCGCCGCUCGCUAGCAAUGGCCGUGCAGGAGAGGCCGAGAGGGGGCAAGGCGCCGUGACACGAGGGGGCUGUGGCAGGUGGGGGCAAUUGCUCUGGAGUUUAAUGUUGUGUGUUUGCUGUGUACCAUAGUUGAUGCCUUGCUUGGGGGACCACAUGGGCUGAUGGGCACGAUAGGUGUGGAUUGAUGGAAGCUGUGUGUAAUUCCUAUAUGUCCGCAAGCGACGUUGGUGAGAGCGACGUGGCUGGCGCAGCUCUCCGCUUUCCUGAAGACCGUGCACUUGACGGUGCAACGUGAUUGCGGACGGCUGCUGCUGCCUUCUGUUAUACUGCUGUAACGUUCAAGUGCCGACUGCGAGUAUGUAACGUUCAAGAUCC